CCUUUUCAAUUAAAUUGAAGUUGACAAGACACCAUCCUUAACAUUGAUUGCGAAGCUUAAAAACCAAAAACAUAAGGUUUGCGAUGUAAAUACGUUUGUAGAUUUAGUAUAGUUGCAAUGCUAGGUGUAUUUAUAUGUAGUUUUUGUUGUUUUGUUAUCACUCGCUCUUAAAAUUGGCUACAUUGUGUAGUUAUUUUCGUUUGUCCUGAAGAAAUGACAAGUCGUCCCAAAAAUUUGACGAUCUGUUUCUCCGUGUCGUCGGUCAUUUUAGUGGUUUGUAUGCUUUUUUGUAUCAGAAACACACACACACACACACACACACACACAUACACACACACAUAUACACACACACACUUUGUCCAACUUUCUUUUUUGUAUUGCUUAUAGGAGUUAUAAAAUUGGAAAUACCAAUGAACUCUUGGAUAAACUAUAUUGCCCUAUGAAUACAUAUUAAAUCUAAAGCACAGAAAAUUUCCCUUUAUUUUGUUUUGGAUACCCACUUCCUCACCUACCCGAGGUUGAACUCACAACCAGCGGAACCAAAUCUCAUAGCAGCAUGUAACAAGCACGCUAAACCCCUCGACCAUUUAGGCAAGUAAAAAACUUCCUUUUGAUGACGAUGGAAUUCUCGCCACGCCGUCACAUACUACACGGUCAUCGAGAUUGGAAAUGGGUUAGAAGAAACAAAAGCGUUGUCUAUACAAGAUGGGGAAAGAAGACAUGUCCCUCAAAUGCUGAGCUGGUUCUUUCUGGAAUUACAGGUGGGUCACAUUAUUCCGAUUCGGGAGCGGCUGUUGAUCCCCUUUGUUUACCAAGAGAUCCUGAAUGGGGUCGGUACAAAGAUGGAGUCGACGGCCAUAAAACUUAUGUAUAUGGAGCAGAAUACCAAACUAGCAAUUCUCUGAGUAACUUGCGUAGACUCCAUGACCAUGACGUACCGUGCGCUGUCUGUCUGAUUCAUAAUAGAUCUGUUCUUAGAGUAUUCCCAGCAAGGAAAACGUGUUACAAAGGUUGGAAAUUGGAAUAUGAUGGAUAUCUAAUGGCGGGACGUCAUAAUCAUGUUGCUGCCACAACGUACAAAUGUGUGGAUAAAAACCCUGAUACUUUUACUGGGGGUCAUUCUGAUCGCAAUGGUUAUCUUUUCUAUUCCGUGGAAGCAAGAUGUGGCUCAUUGAAAUGUCCACCAUACGUAAACGGACGGGAACUUGUAUGCGUUGUCUGCUCCAAGGCAUAGAGGUGUCCGAUAGGACAGUGGAAAUAUCUUCACACAAUAAAAAGAGUUGUUUCAG